CAGGGAGAGGGAGAGGGACGGGGACGGACACUCGUCUCUUCUGCUGUUGUGAGGCUAGGAACAGAAGGACCAUGCGACGGAUGCACUCGUCUGUGGUGAGCGGAGAGCGUGUGCAAGAGGAGGCACGGGAGGCAGCACGGGUCCGUGUGGCCGCCCUCUUGCAGGAGGCUGAGCAUGUGGGCAAGGUCGGCGAGUACAUGACGGACAUUGGCCAUGCCUUGGCAGCCGUGGAGAGCCAACUGGUCUCGGUCGUCACCAUGCAGCUGAACGAUGCCAGAUCGGCCAUGAAUGCUGCUGGCGAGGGGAGGGCUCAUCUGAACAGGGUGCGGAAGAGCAUCACAACCGCAUCAGCAACAUCAACUGCAACAGCCUCCCUCAUCCACCAGUACCCGCUCGUCGCCUCGGUCUCGCAGGCUGCCACCAACAUCCGUGCCACCCUUGAUCUGCUCGACAGCAUCCAGUCCAUCCCAGAGAGGGUUGUCGAGCUCCUUGACCUGCUGGAAGACGACGAUGCGCUUAUUGAGGUCCACACCGAGCUCAUCCAGCUCGAGGCCGACCGUGACACCGCCCUUGCUCGGGCUGCAGACUCGCCGGCCGAGCAGGCCCAGCUCGCCAUCCACUUUCAGGAGGUUGCCGAGGUCCGGGCCAAGCUGCUCAAGCGCAUCCGCCAGCUGUUUGGCCGGACGCUCGAGCUGGCUCGUUCCAUGCCACAACUCCUUGUUGCCAUCCUCAUCAUCGUCUCCAAGGAGGAGGCUGCUGCUGCUGCUGCCGGCGACCUCACCGCCGUCCAGUACUUUGGCUUUGAGGCCAAGCUCGGCCGCUACGGCCUCCUCAUGAUGGACGCACUCGAUCGUGCGGCCGAGGAGCGGUUCAUGGGCCACUUUGGCAUGACCUCUACCCUCGCCGAGGUCCUCGAGGCCGGCGCCUUUGUCAUCGAGGAUCUCGAGCAGGUCUACGACGUCGUCCGCCCCUGCUUCCCGCCGCAGUUCCGUGUCUUUGACUUUUGGAUCUCCGAGUACCACACCCGGCUCUACAACAAGCUCGAAGAGAUGACCCUCUCCUCGGCCGCGCCUCUCACCGCUGCCGAGAUCCUGGUCUUCAUCUCGUGGGUCCGCGAGUACCAGGCCGACAUGGCGCUUCGCCUCGGCGUCACCUCGCUCGAGCCGCAGCUUGUCGAGUCGUUUGCCCCGCUCAUGGGAAUGUACCUCGAGCACAUGGCCUCUCGUCUCCACGAGUGGGUCGACAACGUCUUCCUCGCUGACACCGACGAUCGCAACACCAAUGCCCCACCCGAGCGCGACAUCACUGGCCUCAACUGCACCGCCGCGCCGGUCCAUCUCUUCAAGAUGGUCAACGAGCAGAUCGAGGUCGCCUCGGGCACCUCGAUGGGCAAGUUCCUCUGGGACGUCGUUGUCAAAUGCAUCACCGCCCUCAAGCGCUACCAGGACCGUGUCGCAGGCAUGCUUGUCUCCGUCGCCGACGGCUCGUCGCUCUGGCAGCGCCGGGACUCUGAAGCCGACGGCGACCUCGCCUUUCUGUACACGCUGGAGCAGAUCAACAACGCAUCCAAGUGCAUGCGCCACACGGCAACGCUCAAGGACAAGCUCGCCGCCAUGCUUGAGGAGCCGUGGGACGAGGAGCUCGACGCGCUGGAUGAGCUCGACGCUGGCUUCUUUGCGCUCGCCAACCAGGCCGUCAGCGUUCUCUCGGGCCUCAUUCUUGAUGACCUCAAGCCGGUCAUGGCCCAGUUCUUCUCGUCCAAGGGCAAGUGGAUCGAGGAGCAGCUGAUGGCCACCGUCAUUGCCACCCUCGAGGACUACUACUACGAAGACGAGCUGCGCGAGUGCAUCGACCCGGUCUUCUUUGAGCGCCUCGCCAUCGGGCAGGAGAUUGCUGUCGUCCAGGCCUACGUCGACGCCCUCCUCGCCUCCAAGACGCCUGUUACUGAAAAUGUGGCUGCAGCCAUGCUCGCCGACAAGGAGGCACUCGACGGCUUCUUUGGCUCGGUCCUUAUCAUGAAGCAGAAGAAGGCCGCCCGGGUCACCCGCGUCAUCGCCUCGCUCGCCGAGUUCCUCGUCGCCCAGGCCGGCAACAUGGCGCUGUGGAUCGAGGACCUCGUCCGCGACAAUCCGGAUCUCGAUGCUGCGCAGCUAACCACCCUCAACAACCUCCGCCCGGGCCUCGACAAGCGCGAGCGGGCCAUCGACCUCGAUGCCGGUCUCCGAUAUCUCGAGGCCUUUGACGGCGUUCCGGCAUCGGCUGAGUUUGGCUGGUUCUCCGCCUCGCACAAGCAGUGACCCUUGCUGCAGCGCACGUGUUUAUCGCCCGGCGUCGCGACCACGGGUAUCGGCAGCGGCCUCGACCAGAUCUUCA